CUACAAUGGUACUAGAUAGAAGCUUUGGUUGACUACAGGACACUACAGCGUUAAUAGCAGUUGUCAUCAAUAUGAGCAUGGAUGUCUAGCUAACAGAUGACGAGGUGUUUGCAGCUGACCCAGAUAUAUGAGUAAAUAUUCUUCUCAAGACCGAGUAAUAAAGGUGUGGCAGUGGAUUACCAUCCAAAUCAACGGGGCUCCAUAGCAGUGAUAAAAAGACAAGCAUAUUAUCUACUUAAUCUUGAAUAUGGUGAACAACUUAAUCGAGAAUAUUUUUAUUUGGAGGUGUCGUUAUGAAUCGUCGACGGAUACUUUACGUUGGACACGUAUUUUACUGUGCCAGUUUUGAGAAUGAUUUGAACUUUUAAAGUGUGAAAUAUGUAAAAACAGAGAAAACACCAUGUACAAGGUACAUAUCACAUGGAUAUAAUUGAUACAGAAAAAACACUCAUAAUUUAUGUAACCAUAAGUAAUCACAACGAAUUAUAUGCCAUUUGUUAAACUAACAUUAACAUUUAAACGCAGUUAUAUUUGAAAAUGAGUUUGAUUCCCGAAAUAGGACAUCUGUAUCACGACUUUAGCAUUUCGAACGCUUACACUUCCCUUGAUGCACGUGAACAACUUCGAACUCGCCAGAUCAAUGCACGUGAGGAUAAACAGCUUGGAAAGUAUACGGAGGUCAUAGACAAAGCUAAGGUCAUAUGCAAAAGGAGGCGAGAAUGGGAGGAGGAUUCUUUGCGAAGGCAGCUGCGAGUUCUUCAGACGAAAACUCCUUCAAUACAAAGGGGUUUAAGACAAGAGACCGAGCGACUCAGACGAUACGAAUCGUCCAUGAUGUCGCGCAAUAGUACAUCAGGGCUGAGAAUACAAUCACGGAUGACCAGCGUUUCGGAAAAAGCAACGUUGUAUAGCCAUCAAUGGCCAUCACAUACCAUGAUGUCAAUGCCACAUUCGUCCAGAAGUCGUCAAGGAGGCGAAUCACGCAGGACAUUCACAAGUAGUACGGAUUCUAGUUCCGGUAGUACAGCCCGCUCCGACCACAACACCGAGAAUCAGGUUAAUUUCAUGAAGCGAGCAGAACGCGUAACAAAGGAACUUCACAAACUCUACAGGCGGCACAAAGAACGGAAAUCGUCAAAUCAACAACUGAUAGACAUUCUUAGAGUAAACAAUAAGGAACUUUUAAUGAAGGCUAGAAUAUUCUUUAAAGACGAAGAGUCUACUGCCGUACUGGAAUCCCUUCUUUCAGGCGAGCAAUCUGAACAGAAAAAUGUUAAAUUUCAGAGGGACGCCGCGCUGUUUUCUGAGGAAGAAAAUGAAAACAAUCAUAUGUUAAUAGCAGACAGUUCUGACCAUGGUCUGAUACCGGCCGUAGGAAAGGAUUCAUUUAAGGAUCAUUCUGUGAUACGGCAAGAUAACUCGGACACUGAGUCCGGUCCUGUGUCAUCGACCAUCGCCAACGCGUCUGAUAAUGAAUCUCAUGCCAUGCAGGGUCGGACGAAAUGGACUGAAAUAUUCAAAACGCCAGAACUCUGGAAAAUGUAUGUGAAUGAUAGAAAUACAAGAAAUAAGAAGCAGGAUGCCGUGUCAUCACUUGUCACGAUCACUGCUAGAUACAGAAGGACCAUGGUCAGAUGAAUGUUUUAUUGAUCAAAUAUGAUUUACUAACAAUGGUCUCCAUAUUCACGUAAACAACAAUAGCAUGGCUGUUUAUUUUAUGGCCAGGGAAUGUAUAAAUUAUUGAUACUUCCUAUUAUUGAUGUAUAUGUUUUCAUUUUCAUUCUAGUUUUCAUUUAAGUAUUUACCAAUGAGUUGUUUUAGACUGGAUUACCUGCCGUAGUUUUUCUACUCUCCGCUAGGCUUCGCUUCGAAAAUACAUAUAUUCAUGAGCGCGGCCUAGCGGAGAGAAAUGGUACUAAGGCAGGUAAUCCAGUCUAUGAGUUGAUUAGACUCGGAUGAACUAAUCGUGGUUAAAUGCAUGUUUGAGAUAAAGCUGGUAAUAUACGUGUUUGAUGUAUCAUUUUGGUAAAAUGAAUAUUUGAAUUACCUGAUAUCAUUUAAACAGAUGUAUAAUUGAUGGUCAUAUGUUUAUAUUUUAAUUGCAUUUUUAUUACUGAUACUCAUACCAAUAGUUAACAUAUUCUUAUCACUGGUACUUUAUAUCCCUGUUCAAACAGAAGAGACGGUCAUCUAAAGUUUCACUAAGACAAAUAUAAGAUGUAUAUCAGUAGCCGAAUUUGAUCGGAAUAACUGGGUUAUGAUUAGUCAUGAGAAUGCUUGAUUUUGAAUUAUUAAUGAUCAGAUAAAUUAUUUACAUUGUGCGUGGUGUUUUGUUGAGUAGGCCUAAUACAUAGGCAUGUGUAUUCUGUUGAACCACAUGAUAUGGGUCAGUUAAAUAAUAAUAUGCCAGCUUUUGUUCAUAUUCAAUGUAAUGAGUGUUUCCUAUUGGUCACAGCUGUUAUAGAGAUACCAAGAUCUAUAUAAAACACGUGAUUGUAUACAUAUGUGAUACAGGGGACUAGUUAUGUUUGUUGUUCACGUAUUUCAAACCAAAAUACUCACCUGAAAACCUCAAAGUUUAAAACGUGCUAACUGAAUAGUAACAUAUCCCACGGGAAUCUCGAACCCUCUCGUGAAUGUAUCGACGUAAACAACAUUAAGUUUUGUAAAUAUUCAUCAACAAUGUAAUUAGAUUUUAAAAAAGGUGUUGUUAUAAUCACAUAAGUAAAGAAGAUGCAUGACAGAUUUCAUAAUGUUCGCUACUUAAAAUAUACUCAA